AUGGCUGCGACAUCGGUUCACCCGCCUAGCAUCCAACACGCAACGACAAUAGUAUCCGCCAAAGCAGCAGAGUUAUCAGUAAGCACUUUCCUCAGUGGUGCUACUAAUUCGAUGGACGCAAUCAGCGAUAUCGAUGAUACCAUUGAUACCGCGGAAACGAUCAAAUCAAAUCAUUUGAUUGGUUCCAGUGCUGCUUCAUCGGAGGUUCCACUGCCGUCCAUCUCCCCUCCGCUCCACGGGGAGACUCUCCGAAGUGGCGGAAAAUCCGCGGCACAGGCGGAAAGACGGCGCGCGCGGAGCGACGGAAGCUCUGCCGCAAGCUCUUCCCCCGGGUGCGCCAGUUUGCGCGCGGCAGGGAAGCUCUCCCCGCGCUCCCUGGCGGAGGAGCUGGAGCUGGAGGCGCUGCAGGGGAAGCUUCGUAUUUUGGAUACGCAGCGAGAGCUGAGCGCCGUCCGAUGCCAGGAGUUUGUGUACUUGAUCGAACGGUCCUGGUCGUCCAUGGAGGAAUGCAAUCUGGACGAGUCCCCCGCCGGAACUACUACCUUCGCAGCAGGAGGUUCAAACCCUUGCGGGUCGGAGCUUCUGCUAUCCGAGCCUCGCGCGUCGGAGCUUCGGAAACUCGAGCCUGGAGGGCUCGCCGCGGCGCCUGAAGAGAACCCUCCCCCAAUCGGUGCAGCAUCAGACCGUUGUGACAUAGCGGCAACAACGGCAACGAAGGCAUCGCCGGGAGCGACGGCAGAGACGGGAGAACUCGGGCUGAGCCAGCGCGAAACACGCGACCUGCUCCGCCUAAGGCGGCAGUACCAAGACAAAUCGCGACGCGACUUUUGGGGUUUCCGAUGGGGCAGCGAAAAGCAGUCCGCAAAAUCUGGUAGCAGCAAAAGCGGACCGUCGAUCGGCGGUAGGACGCUGAAUCCAACGGCUGCGGCGCGGAAAGACCUCGGAACGGACACUUCGUCUCGAAGAUCGGCAAUCCCUAGGUCGAAAUCUGCUGCGUGCUGUUCUAGCAUGCACUGCGGCGGAAGCGGAAGAUGUGCGGCUUUUUCGGGGCCUUGCAAGCCUUCUGAUAGCGGUCCGAGCGGCAGCGGCGGCGGCGCCGCGGUGGCUGGAAGAUCGGCGUUCGUUCCGAGCUUGCGAGAUGACCUAAGCUUUUACGACAAUCCCCGUCCCGCUGCAGCGCACCCCGCUAAUACUAAUAAGCGUUGGUCACGCCGCAGUUCGCCUAAAAGUGGGUCCCGAAGCGCCGAGUUUCCCCUGCAAUCUACGUGCGAAUCAACGGCUCUCGACCCUCUGUGCGAAUCAACGGCUCUCGAGUUACCACAGGGUGGUUUGGACUCACGGGAAGAGGGAUCGCCGCGGAAAGGGUCGCCACUGGCGACGGUCGCAGGGGACGGAGCGAGCAGCAGGAGCUCUCGCGAAGUGGGCUUAGAGACCACGCGAAAAGUACCUGGUUACCGUGAGCGAAGGAUGGCAAGAUUGCUGCGGCGCCAUGUGAGCGUGAACAGCAGCCUCGACACAUUCGCUAUGGCGGAGUAA